GAACUUGUGCUGAAAUUUUGGAUGGUUGGGGAUCUGGAAUCGCAUUCGGCUUAGAGGUUCCUCUCUGACAAUGUCAAAUUUCCAUGAUUUUAAUUCGAAGAUCGAUUAUGUAUUCAAGGUUGUGUUGAUCGGAGACUCGGCGGUCGGGAAAUCGCAAUUGUUGGCUAGGUUUGCGAGGAACGAGUUCAGUUUGGAAUCGAAGGCCACAAUUGGGGUUGAGUUUCAGACGAAGACUCUUAUAAUUGAUCAGAAAACCGUUAAGGCGCAGAUUUGGGACACUGCUGGUCAGGAAAGGUACCGAGCAGUGACAAGCGCCUACUACAGAGGAGCGGUCGGGGCAAUGCUGGUCUACGACAUGACCAAGCGCCAAUCGUUCGAUCACAUGGCCAGAUGGCUCGAGGAGCUACGAGGGCACGCGGACAAGAACAUCGUCAUAAUGCUCAUAGGCAACAAGUGCGAUUUGGGGACUCUGUGCGCAGUCCCGGUGGAGGAUGCGCAGGAGUUCGCCGAGAGGGAGAAUUUGUACUUCAUGGAGACAUCGGCGCUCGAAGCCACCAACGUGGAAAGUGCAUUCAUGACGAUCCUUACGGAAAUAUAUCGAAUUGUGAGCAAGAAGGCGCUGUCUGACGACGGGCACGCCCUCGACAAGGCUGGGUCUCUCAAGGGCACCGCCAUCAUCGUCGCCGGCGCUGACGCCGAUAACAAUUCCAGGUCAGGUUGUUGCUUGGGCUCAUGA